AAAUGACCGUAUAUCUCCCUGGCGACGUUAUCAAUGAACCUUCUUCAAGCGAUUCCUCAAUCAUUGGCUACGGAAUUAGUGUACGUGGCCAAACGAGAAUUGCCACUCAACCUGGAGCUUUCCACAACGAUGAUGGAAAAGUCUGGUUAAAUGUUCACAGCAAAAGAUAUAUACCACAGGAAGGAGACCGAGUAAUCGCUAUUGUCACUUCAAAAACUGGUGAUUUCUUUCGUUUGGACAUAGGAACUGCCGAAUACGCCAUGAUCAACUUUACUAACUUCGAAGGUGCUACUAAAAGGAAUAGGCCGAAUCUAAAAACUGGAGAUAUUAUUUAUGCAACAGUUUUCGACACAACUCCAAGAACUGAAGCAGAGCUUACCUGUGUGGAUGACGAGAAACGAGCACGUGGAAUGGGACAGCUAAAUGGAGGAUUCAUGUUCAAAGUCUCCUUGAAUCAUUGUCGUCGACUAAUCAACCCAUCUUGCAAAAUUCUUCAAACUGUUGGCAAGUUCUUCAAAUUCGAAAUCACUGUUGGAAUGAACGGAAGAAUCUGGAUUAGUGCUUCGACUUCUGAUGAUAUUAUCAAGAUUCACGAUAUUAUCAAUAAAUCAGAGUUUAUCACUGACGAAGAUGAGCUUAUCACCCUGGUUCAGAAUAAUUACACACGAUCUGUCAGUGAUUAAGAAUCUUUAUCUCAAUUUUUAAUUUUUCAGUGUAAUUCCUGCUAUUGUUGAUUUUUUUUUCCUUUUGUUGUUGAACUUUUUAAAAAUUUAAUUUAUC